AUGGAGCUGUCUAUGCCCUCAAUGUUCAGGGCCUAUGCCAUCCUGUGGUAUCUGCGCGACGGCGGUGUCGAUAGCUUCAGAGCACGUUCCCAAAGUCUUACGAGGUGGAGGGAACUCGCAAGACCCGUCAAGAGGAUCGGUGGAGUUGAUGACCAAAGUCAGACAGCCAGGCGGCCGAAUGGAUUGGAGCUCCCAACACCACCAGUUAGGCCUGAGCUGCUGGGACUACCAACGGGGUCUCUGCCACCCCAAAGAAGAGCAAAGCUGGAGAGGCGACUUUCCGUGGUCCCAGCUACCUCAUGA